GGUUUCUCCGUCUUUGUUGGAGCAAUGCUGCAUCCACGUCAACGCCCUCUUCUCUCUCUCAAAAUGAAUGCUCUUCAGAUGCUUUGUCCCUUGUUGUCCCAGAUUCGAAUUACCUCAUGGCAUCUUCUAUCUUCCAUGAUCUUUCUUCUUCUUCCACGUCUCUCCUCAAUCUCCAAACCCGACAAUCGAUCUUCGUCUCCAAGGACAAAGUAAAGGACUUUGAGAAAACCCAGUUGAGGAUUCCCGUUUCUUUCAGGAAAAAAGCUGUCAACUUGCAAAUGAUGGCGUCAGGAAAGACACCUGGACUGACUCAGGAAGCUAAUGACCGCACUUAUGAGGCUACAACUGAUAAUUUUAAUAAUAACACUGAUGUGUUUGACGACAUAAAACAGCGGUUCCUCGCCUUCAAGAAGCUCAAGUACAUGGAUAACUUAGAACACUACAAAAAACUAGCAGAUGCUCAAGCUCCAAAGUUUCUGGUGAUUGCUUGUGCAGACUCUAGGGUCUGUCCAUCAGCCGUCCUGGGAUUUCAGCCUGGUGAAGCAUUCACUGUUCGGAACAUUGCAAAUUUAGUACCUCCUUAUGAGUCUGGACCUACUGAGACAAAAGCUGCUCUCCAGUUCUCUGUGAAUGCUCUUGAAGUGGAGAACAUCUUAGUAAUUGGUCAUAGCCGCUGUGGAGGAAUUCAAGCUUUAAUGGGCAUGGAAGAAGUAGAUUCCAGAAGUUUCAUACAUAACUGGGUAAUUGUGGGGAAAAAGGCAAAGGAAAGCACAAAAGCUGUUGCUUCAAACCUCCAUUUUGAUCAUCAGUGUCAACAUUGUGAAAAGACAUCGAUAAACCAUUCCUUAGAAAGACUGCUUGGUUAUCCAUGGAUAGAAGAGAAAGUGCGGAAAGGAUCACUGUCCCUCCAUGGUGGGUACUAUGAUUUUGUAAACUGUACAUUUGAAAAAUGGACCGUUGAUUAUGAAGGAAGCAGAUGCAAGAAAGAAGGCAGUGGGAUUGCUGUUAAAAACCUGUCUGUUUGGUGAUGACUAAUGACCAUCUCUUAUCUUCAUAGACAUCAGAGAACACUUUCUUGGAAUGGAAUCAUCUUGUCUGUUUAAUUUGCUGCAGUUGUGUGUUGAAAAGAUCAUUUUGGUAAUGCUACCUCUCACUGAGGUUUAAACUUUGGGAGAUCCCUUCAGAGACUUAUUGUUUGUGAAUUCAUGUUUUUUAAAAAAAAAUUGUCCAUUGUAGUGGGAUCA